AUGCCCUCUGCAUCAAUAUCCGAAAGGCGAUCCAUUCGCUGGGUUCCUGAACCGGCGAGUGAGCCUACUUCUACCCUCGUAUUGACGUCACCUGGCUCUCAUUUUGUGGACAUAAGAGUCCUCAAACUGUCUUAUUUCAAGCAGCCAAAAUUCGCAAAUGAUAGCAGCUCGACAGCUCGCAUAGACUGGGCAUUUGCUGGCCAAUCUCACUCAGAAAAAGCAACUACAGAGGGUGCAGCUUCCCAUGGUCGCUGGGAGCACUGGGUGGACUCAAGAAGCGAUGAUCCGCAAGUUGACGAAGGCGAUAUGUUUCCUCAACCAAGCGGUCUAGUUCUUGAAAAAGGAAGAGGCCCUCACCCGACCACUGGCGAGAUUACCGAUUACGAAGAGACUUGGCGCGAUCUCAAAAUUCAGAGUACAGACGACGAAGACAAAAAAUGCGCCAUUGUUUUGCGAACUGCCGGAAAUAAUAAGGACUCUAUUGGUAUGGUUGUGCGUGUUGGGUCUUGGUGUCAGGGAAUAAUUAAGAGCGGUGGCAACCUGCAUGUCGAGAGGUGGAGAUGGAGGUCAAGAGACACGUAUGCCCCUGUUUCGGUAGGGGCGAUAAUAGGCAGCGAGGACGAUUCAGGUGGAUGGUCUGUUCAGACCUUUCCUACGGAGUCUGGGACCUGGGAAAGGGUGGUGGGAAUGGGUCGGGGAACACUUCCGUGCCCACUCACGUUCAAACCAGAGGGCCUCGAGCAAGGACAGACGACCGAUGUGGGUGACAUUACGUGGGAAGUGAUCGAGAGGUCAGAAUGGUAG